AUCACUAAGCCUGUUAUUAUCACGUUUCUGGAUCUCAUGUUUCUGGUUGUUCGUCCCGAACAGAGGCUGCAAUGUAAUAUUUUUGUUAAUCUGAACGAUUUCACACAUAGUUUAGUUACAAAUAGGCUACAAAUGCUGUUAAUAGUGAGAGUUUAAUAGUAAGUGUGUGAGUAUGAAUUCUUAAAUACCAAGCAGUGCUUCACCUAAAACUAAUAUUUUAGUACAAUACUCAUUAUGAAUUCUUAAUAUUUAUUUAAAAACAAUCCAACAAUAUUUAAAUGCACCCAAUAUUAUAUUGUCUUUUGAUUGGAGUCCUAAAACAUUUUAUUCCUGAACUUUCCACCAACAAUACAUAAAGCCCAAGUUGGCAUUAUGUACUUAUUUGUUGUUGUUUUUUUUUUUCCAGAGAAAUGAACUUAAACUGUAAAGCACGUGCUAGUACAAUCACCUUAAUUCAUUAAUAAUAUAUUAUUAACAGGGAAAAUUCAAUAGAAGCUUUAAGUUUUGUGGGUUUGACUUAGAAAACCCUUCAUUUGUAAUCUGGUCUCUCUAUAGCAACACAUUCUCAAACAAACACACACACACACACACACACACACACAGAAAGUGAGUAACUCUGAGCAGAAAAUUCAGGCUUCUAAUUCACUGAGUUAAACAGACAAACACACGAUGACACUGAAGACCCAAGAUAUUCAUCACACUAGCUCUUUUCCAUCCAUUCUGGAUUCCUACCUGUUUUCUGAAGACUUGGGAAAGGCAGUCUCUGUGGCCAAAGUUGUGACACAGGUGAAGAAGCUGAAGGAGAGACGAGUUCAGCGUCCUGUAUCUGCUGCUGAGCUCCAAAAAAGGAAAGUCCUCCUUGAGCAGCGCCAUCUAGAGGCGUACCGUCGGCUUCACAGCCUGAAGGACAGAUUGUCCCAAAAAUACGCCAAGUUGCUCUCGGAAAAAGUCCAAAGACAGCGACAGGAGAUGAAACAGCACACCUCUGUUCAUUUAAACACCACAGAAAAACACAAUGGACAGAGCUCAAGAGCCUUGUCCUUCCAGGAGCUUGUUGGCUCAAGCCUUAAAGAUAAUGCUGCAUUCCUGAAGUCUUUACCAAAGACACAUUAUUACCUGAUCUUGGAGCUCCAGAGGCAACUGGGUCAGCGUGAGUGUCUGCAGCGUAUCAGGGAGCAAGAGGUGUUCAGGUCCUGGAUGGACCACAGCAACACCAAACAGCUAGAGAAACAACUACAGCAAAUAAAGUUUUCCAACAAGUCAGAUCCAGGGCUGAAGUUAGAUGAUUUGCUAAAGAAGAAGUUAAAUGUUCUACCAAAGAUACAGAUUUCUCUUGCAGAAAAUGCAGAUCAACAAAAACACCAUGAUACAUUCUCAGAGAGUGGAGGAGGAGUACAGGUCAGCUCUCCAGUUUUCCAUGGCAAACAAAUCCAGGAACAGGAUGAAUCUGAGCUAACGUUUCCCAGUGUGUUCUUGCAGAAGUUACAGGUACCCAGGUUUUCCACUUUGCAGCCCAGUUUCUUGGAAGCAUUCAGGACCAACAUUGCUCCUUUGAAAGCUAACGAGCCACUUCACCAAUCAAAAACUGCAUCUGUAACUCAGCGUAAAUUACAUCUCAUGCACAGCCUGUCUCUUUUCAACAUGGCUCAGGCUCAGAGUUUACUAAAUAAAAAUGGACUGAUGAUGCAGUACGAUAAAGCAAACAGCAUCCAAGACAUGAUGGAGUACGUAUAUCCAAACAUAGCUAAAGAACUGAGAUGUCGCAGUGAUCCUCCACUUCCAGACCAGUCCCUGAGAGAUCACACAACACCUGAAUCCUCUGAAUGCAUUAAAGAGGAAAUUAAUACACAAGCCGACCAGAUUGCCAGCUCUGAACUAUCUGAAGAAGUGCAGGAUUCCUGCAACAGCACCCGCACUGACAAGGUUCCCCUGUCCAUGGAGGAUAUUUAUUCUCCUUGCAUUUUACUGGGUAAACCAUUUAAUAAGAAGAUGUGGAGCAAUUAUGCAUAG